GUUUAUCAAUUUGCUGACAGCAGGACAGAAAACAUACAUAGUCAGACCUUCAUUUUAAUGUAGAGAUUCUCUAUCACGUGUGCAGGUGAAAGAUUUAAUCAUAACAUAGAUAAGAAUAUAUCUACGUAUCAUUAUAUACCAGCGAUAUAACUCGAUUGUGAAAGUUUAACAAGCUCAGGUGCCUGUUGUAUCAUCACUGAAUCUGAUUGGUCAACCUCGCUCUGGGCUGCAGAUUUAAAAUCCAAUAUUUCAUUUGUGUAUUCUAUAUACCUAAGUUCAUACUCUGUGUUGGUCAUUCCAUCAAACAUCGGCCGGCUGUAUAUACCUACUAACUGAAAUCUGUCAUCCGACUUUCGGAGCGCUUGAUAGCGUUUUACAUUGUAAAGUAUUUUUGGGUGAUUUUCGAAAAGAAAGUUAAGAAAAUGGCCAAACCUGAUCUACCAAGGGGUUACCUGGGAGCCCAACCCAAGUUCGGAGAAUUUGGACUAAGCACCCACAGCCACAAGGAUCCGGAUGUUAUGCUGACUGGAAAUGAGGUUGAAAUCCAGUUUAAGAUGGACCGGCUUGUGAAAGUGACCGGAAAUCUUAUCCAGGUGGCCACCCUCAAGGAACACACAGAGAACAUCUUCACGCAGACACAAGGGGAAAUUGUCAGCUUCCUGGUCCAAAUACCGGAACCCGGAUUCUACAAGCUUCAAAUUUACGCCCUUCCGGUUACUGACGAGAGCAAAACUCUUCCCGGAGUUUUUAAUUACCUGCUUAAUUGCCCCUGUAUCUCAAAGGCCGUCCAUCCAUACCCGAAACAGUACGCUCAGUGGAAAGAAGGCUGCUAUAUUUAUGAACCAUUAGUAGUUUCAAAAGACGCUUUAAAUUCUGGAGUAAGCUUCCGGGUGGUUGUUCCGAAUGCCAAAGCAGUGGCGGCUGUCGUCAACGAAGAGUGGACACAGCUUGAGUGCAAGGGAGGCAAUCUGUGGGAGGGAAAGGUCAAAGGUUGCGCGGACAAGAUGACCUUGAAUGCAAACUUCGGAGGAGAAGAAUCGAAAUAUUCUACAUUACUGGAAUAUAGCAUGUAGAUUUCAAUACCUUAAAGUACAAUCAAUAAUCAAUUUAGAAUCGGUAUAUCUAAAAGUAGACUGUUUCCGAAAGUGGACACAUCCUAGUGGUUUGCGUAGACUGGCGAGAUUAAACUAACUGAAAACAUCUGACCUCUUAUGUCGAGUAUAAUUUCGUCAAUGAAAUACAAAGAAAUUAAUAGUUUGAAGAGAUAUGCGUGUGGUUACUGUAAUGCAUCUUGGCGCUUUGCACUGCGUGACGUCAUUGGAAUUUGAAUUCGCGCCCAGACGAAAACUCUCUUUACUUACAAAUAACAGCACGCGAAAAAUCUGAUUUUUCUAUUAAAUAUCUAUUUAAAGAA